AUGGCGGCCGCCGCGCUAUGCGACGGCGACGUCAAGAUGGUCAUCUGGGAUCUGGACGGCACACUGUGGCGCGGCACGCUCGACGAGGCCGACGCUGACGAUGACCUUGCCGACGGCUCUCUCGCGCCGCUCAUUCGUCUGCUCGCUCAGCGAGGCAUCGUGUCGUCGGUCUGCUCGUUCAACGACGAGGAGCGCGCUUGUGCGGCGCUGCAGCGGCUCGGCGUGUGGGAACUCAUCGUCUUUCCCGCAAUCUCGUUCGACUCGGCCUUCUCCAAGCCCGCCGCCAUCCGCGCCACGCUCUCCGCGGCCGGGCUGUCUCCCGCCAACGCGCUCUUCUGCGACGACGAGCCGCGGCACCGUGCGGCAGCCGCCGCCGCGCUGCCCGGCCUGCUGACGCGGGGCUGGUACUGGGAGCUGCUCGAGCGCGACACGGACCUACUCGCGCCAGACCGCGCGGGAGGCGGGCGGGGCGGCGGGCUCGAGAGCUUCACGUGGAAGGCCGCCGUCUACCAGCGCCUCCUCGCCUCACACGCGCUCCUCCCUCCGCCCGCCGGCGCGUUGCCGCCGCAGCAGCACGAGGCGCUGCUGCGGCAGCGAGCGAGCCAUGUGAAGGCGAGCGACGAGUACGAGCGCUUCGCCGUCGGCUCGCUGCUCGCCCUUCGCCAGUACUGCUCCUCGCCCGCUGCCGCCGCCGCGAUUGAGCGCGAGGUGGAGGCUGCCGCUGCGAGGGCGGCAGAGGAGGCGGGGGAGGAGGCAGAGGAGGUGGGGGAGGAGGCAGCGGCGGCGGAGGCGGCGGCGGAGGAGGCGGAGGAGGUGGGGGAGACAGGCGAGGAGGCGGGUGAGAAGGCGGCGAGGGAGGAGGCGAGGGAGGCAGGGGAGGAGGGACUUGCGGCUGCGGCGCGGUCGUCUCGCCUCUUCGAGCGCGAGCAGGGUGCGAUGCGCGGCGGGCAGUACGACGUGGUCGUGUGGGACCUGGAGCGUGAGCUUCUGUGGCCCGUCGCCACUUGCAGCGGCGGCGGCGGCGGCGGCGGUAGCGACGGCGGCGAUGGCGGCGGCACGCUGCUGCUACCGGUCGAUCUGCAGCACGCGCUGCCUCGCUGCCGUUGCCCUCUGGUAGCGGCGUGGGCUGAGCUGUGGAGAGUCAGCCACGGCACCCCCCGCAGAGAGGAGCUCACGGACGCGCGGCUGCUGAGCGGCGUCGAGGUGGCGGCGCAGAUCCGCUGGCUGCGCAGCGCCCUCCCGGCGGAGACGUCGCUGCUGUUGCUCGACGUGCCACCUGUUUGGGAGGACGGGUCGCCCACCCACUCUCCGGGCUGGCAGCGCACACUCGCCGCCUUCCCCGCGUCGCUGCGGCGCGGCCUCGAGCAACGCGUCGCUUGCGCCUCCGUUGAGGUUGGGCGCGUGGUGGAGGAGCUGCCCAACACGGCCCUCGUGCGGCGCGCGGCGGCGCUGCGGGAAGGCGACUUGCUCGAGUGGGUGCACACCACCCGCAGGGCGGCCGCCGAGACGGCGGCGGCGGUGGUGCACGCCUAUGCCGAUGCUCGCGCGUGCUCGCGCUGCUCAGGCGAGAGAGACGCUGCUGGCUGCUUCGGAGAGGACUCGGACGGAGACAUCGACGUCCCCCGCCGCCGCCCCCGCCGCCCGAGGCCGGACGAGCCGCCUCGGAGGUCGCCCGUGCCCAAGGCGGCACGGCCGGAGGCGCCGCCUUGGGCUCUCUUGGACGGCGUCUUCACGCCGUCGGAGCUCGCGCGCGUGAUCGCUCUCUGCGAGCAGCUCGACCGUUCGGCAGUCAGGGACCCCGAGAUCGCCGGCUUCAAGCUGGCGACGACGAGCGUGGUCCACUACUCCGUCUCUGCCGACGGCGCGCCGUCGUUUGCCGGCGACGAGCCGCCGGACCCGCUCCUCGACACUGGCUGGCUGUUCCGCCCGCUCGUGGCGGCGUUGCGGCGCGGAGACGCUGCGCUGGGCGGGGCCCUGCCUCUGAGAGCUUUUUGCACGUCGGUGCAGUACAACCGGUACGACGGAGGCGACCACUUUGAGCAUUUCCACGUGGACGAGGUGGAGUGCGAGACGGCGUACAAGUCGCUCUCGCUCGUGCUCUUCCUGAGCCGGCCCGACGAGUACGGAGGCGGCGAAUUCGAGCUGAGGAGGGGCGAGGGCGGGCAGGUGACGGCGCUGCGCCCGGACGCCAACAGCGCCGCGGUCUUUUGCGCGCGCGAGGUCUUCCACCGCGUGCGGCGCGUCACGCGCGGCGCGCGGCGGACGCUGGUGCUGUGGGCGUGUGCCACCCGCGCGAGCGCGGUGUGCGACGGCCCCGCCGAGCCUUGCGUGGCGUUUGGUCGGAUUGGUGCCUCGCCGUUUCUUUAG